AUGCGUGGCGCCGCGCGCGAUGGUGCAGCCGCUGGGCUUCAACAUCCAGCCACUCGCGCUCGUCUUGGUCGCGCUUGUUCUACCUCUGCAAGUAACAGCUCCGCAAUGAGCACCGCGACGGCGAUGGAUGAGCUGAGCUUCGCCGACCUUCCAACAGGUUCAAGCGGUGUUCCUCAGCCGGAGACGGUUGAUGCGGCAGCGGUUGGGGCUCUGAUGAUCCAGAUCCGCGAUGCUCGGGCGCUGAUGGAAGAGGGCACAGCAACCUCGUCGGCGUUUCGCGCGUUUUCAGAAGUGAUUCUCAAGUACCAGGCCAUGAACAAGAACAUCAAGGCUCGUGAGCAGAAGGCCCGCCACGAAUUCCUCCGCAUUUCGCUUCUUUCACUAAAGAUAUACUGGUUUGAUCUGAGGGGUGACGCGAGGUCUGAUGCUAGAUUAGAACCACGAGCAGAAAGGGCAUUCAACAACUUAAGGCACAGAAAAGCCCAACCUUUUACACAACUCAUCUCUCUCCAAACUUUUUGUAGGCUGAGAGCGAGACCACACCAGCCAGCACAUGACUCGCAGCGGCAGCACGCAACGAGUUCCGGAGGUGCCACACAUUACACGACACAGAGUAGACGGCGCGCAGUGUACAUCACAGACGGCGGCGGGCCGUGAUUUUUAUCUUAUGUCUUGUCUUCCGCCUCGAGCUCCCUCGAGGCCCGAGCGCUUUGGCCUUUGCUUUUGAGUUGUUUUGUGGUGCGAGUGCGACGUAGUGCGAAUUCGUAUGCUAUUGUAGACUUAGGCUAAUGCAUCGCGGUCGCUUAGCUUUGUUUUGUUUUCUUUCGUCUUGGAAUGCACUAGGCUAGCACUAGCAAAGCACUAGCUUGAGACUAGACAGGCACCAACCCCAACACGAGAGCCACUGCACUGCGACACCAAGCCGGUCUAGCUACUCUACCACGUGGCAGUAGUUUAGUGCUGCACUGUAUAGAAUAGAGCUGGCUCCACUUUGGGCCUGAUAUUGAGAAGACUAGACAAGAGGAGAGACGAGAGCGAACAGCGCAAAAGCAGGGCAGUGGCGUGAAGUGGUCUAGUUCUACAGAACCACAAAGCAGCCACAUGCGCACUGCUCUGCAUAACAUUCACAAACGGCACAAGCAUAGCGCCGCCUUGCUUUCAACUCAACUACCAGCAAGCCAAAGCCUGCGGCGAUGAGUAUCGGGCCAGCAAUCAUGGCGCCAUACCAGUACGACGGUGGGGCGGCUUUCGCGAUCUUCGUCGCGGGUCGUCUGGGUGUAGCCUAUCCUGCUUCGCUUAUCGAUGGCAACCAAUCGGCAGCGGGCAGCCUGCUCGGAACUGCGUCGCCCAAUGGCUAAGCAUAACAGAAACAGCAUGAAACCACUGAGCACGCGCCACGCCUGCGCUAGGCUGGCUGAAGCGUGCUCUACUGUUGCCUGCGCUAAGAAAAGACCAGCGCAGACGCCCACGCAGACGGAGACCCAGACAAAGCCUGACUAGAUAGACCAAGCGGGUGCCAGCUGAAGCCACCGCCUUCGCUUUUCCUUUUGCUUCGCGCUGCGCUGCGGCGAGGCGCGCGCGGCCUGCCUUUGGGUUUUGCUUUUGCGUUUCUGUUUCCUUGGGCCUCUCCUUCUGGUUCUGCCUCUUCGUCGUCCUCCUCUCCUUGCUGAGUUCAGCACCGCCUCCACUACCGCAGGCUCGUCGGGUGGCGUGUCUCCUCCAACUGAUUCUAGUCCCCCCGCAGCUUCCUCGCCUGAAGAACAGCGCGCAGCGUCCGCAGCGUCUUGCCCCUCCCAUAUCCAACUGGGCAAAAAGCUUAUCCAGCUCCGCAAGAUCUUGGCCAUUUGCUAGGGGGCAAGCCUCUCCAAGCCUUGGGCGCGCCUUGGCUUCCCGUUCUUUGUUGCUCUGUCUCCGUUUUCGGCUCAGCGCUAGCGCCAGCUUUGGCCUUGGCCCCCGCAUCCAGCUGGAGGCCCCGACCUCUCACCCCGCCACACCCGGACGACGUUCCACGUCCAGGCCUGACCCCCGCGCCAUCGGUCUGCGCGAAAAAUGCCUGUGCCAGGUGCAGGCGGGCCCUUUCAGUUUGACGGUGGAAAAGCAGACCCAGGCCCAGCAAUGCUUCCGCUGAGGGUAAUGCCUACGAGUGCCGCAUCAUUCAGGGCGUCGGGCUCUUGUCUCUCCCUCGGAGUCUUAGGAAUACACGCACGGCAGUCGCCGGUCGGAUCUCCUGGCGCAGCUUUUUCUGGUAAAGGUCAUUCGCAAGCCUUCGAAGCCACUCCGGUGGCCUCGGCGCCGGAUUGUGCUGCCCCGUGCGGCCGUUGAGCCAUAGCGAGUAAGCCAGUAGAUGAGAGCAACAACUCAACAGAACAGAGAUGACGUGAGAAGUGGAGACAGUGGCAAGAAGUAGAAAACAACACGAGACGAGAGCAGAGGCUGAGGCAUGCCAGUGGCUCAGUGAGGGCCUGAAAGACGCAGCCAAGCAGCCCGGCAGCCAGAUGGGGGCUGGCGGUCUCCGUUUCUUCUUCCCCGGUGGCACAGGGUGCGACCAGGCUGGGGGAAGAUGGAGGGACUGCCUCAAAGUCCUUGGGCUCUUCAGUGAGGAACUUCAGAAAAAAGGAGGCAGCCGCACGACCGUGAGGAAGGCAGGAAUGGGAAAGGAGACGAGUGAAGGAGCUGGAAAGAAAGAACAAAAGCGCAGGCGGCAAAGAGACCGCAAAGAAGAGAAGGAAAAGAAGCGCGAGCCGGUAGACCGAGAAGCGCAGGAAGCAAAAAAAACCGACACCAAAGGCAAAAAAGGGACGGAGGUAAAGAGAGUGAAGAGGAGCGCAAAGAGAGCACCCAUAAGGGAAGCAGGCGGACGGCUGGAAGAGUGGCCCGGUGGAGUAGUCAUCCAAAAAGUUGCGAGAAAAGGAGGGGAGACGCGGCCGCUUUUGCGCAAAAGAAGGGAAGCGAUAAGCCGGGGAGAACUGAAGAGAAGGAGCACAGAGCCCCGAGACAGCGCACACUCAAGCGGCCUGGUGGUCUAUGAGUGGACGGCGGGGGCCGGUAGGAAUGGUGUGGUAGCCAUGGCCACCCAUAAGACCCACGCAGGCAGGCCAGGGAGAAACGGGGACACGAUGACAGAAAGGGCUGGCAGGCUCCGAAAGGGGCUCGCGGAGUUAAGCAAAGACAUCAAAAGAAGAGGCAGAGGAUGAGGAACAGAAGAGAGGCAAAGGCCCCCGAUCUCUCUAGCCUUCGAAAAAGAUCGGAAAGGAGGGGAAAAGGCCAGAAAGGAACAGGCAGCAACCCAACAGGAAGCAGAGGCAUUUGUGAAGGGACUGCGGGGCGCAGGCUGCGCCGUUUUACCUUGGCGGAUACAGCGAAAGGAAUGGAACACGUGGCGCCUGGGCAAGGACUGGACGCACGUGAUCAGGGUAAACGCUGGGAGGAACAGAAACGCAAAAGAAGGCACAACGACAGGAGUGGCAGAACGUGCCAAGAAACUGCGUGACGAGAUGGACGCGGAGGACGUGCGCACACAGAGGGGCCGCGGCAAUGUCUGGGAACCAAAGGGGCAAGGAGUGCGGAAGGCUGCUAAGGGUGCAGGGGUAGGUUAGAAUCUGGGAGGACGGGACACGAAAGAGACCCCCCAAAGAAGAAUCUACGUGUAUACGUGCACAACUGUAAUACCCUGAAGGGCUGGGGGGCCGUACUAGACUAGUGCAAGACAUGAAAGGAUAUGGAGUAGACGUCGCCGUAAUGCUGGCGAGCAAACUCCCAAGCGGGACGAGGUGGCUGCAGGGGUAUACGAUGGUCACCCGAGCGGGGAAAACCGAAGGAAGAAGGGAGAGCGCCGCGAUGGUAUGGAGCGAAGAAAUCGACAGGGAGAUGGAGGCCAUCGACGCGGAAGCCGACCAGACUACUCGGCUACAACUGGGCGGGAGGAUCCCUCCGCCGCAAAAGUGUGGUAUGGUUGGGCACUACGGAAGACAGGUGGAAGGAGAAGAAGACGCCAGGACCCGCUGGGCGGAACUACGGGGGGCCAUGAAAAGUUGGAAGGGGUCGACGCUCCUGAUGAUGGGCGCCAGCUGGCGGAUAGGUGAAACUGUCGAAGGGGUCACUGGAAGCAGGAUAGUUGAUGGAGCGACGACAGAAAACAGCAGCGAACUGCUCGAGACCGCCCACGCGGCAGGGAUGCGUCUGAUGUGCACGACCGGAAAGAAUCGGGCAAAAGAAGCGCACACACAUGGGCACACGCUCCCGGGGGGAGGAGGACAGGGACGGAGUAAGAUAGACUACGCCCAGGCCAACAGGACGGCAGCGGAGAGGAUUAGAAAAGCUGGCAUGAGCUCGAGGAAACUGGGCCACACCAUAAAGGAAGAAGAAGAGAAGAAGGGCCGCCGCCCCAUGCUGGUUACCAUCGGGCCCCUCGAGAAACAGGGAAAACGGAAGGAGCCGGGGGGCGUCGAGGUGAUCCGGGACGACCGAGGGAGGGCGCGAGAAAUGGCACGGCACCGGCGGGAAAUGUUGAGGCCCUCGAAAUACGGGCUGGAGUAACGAGAAAAGCGGGACACGCUACGGCAGAAGACUGGACAGAGGCAACAAAAACAGAAGAGGAAAGAAGAAACGGAGGAACAAGGAGAGAGGGAAACAAAGGAGAAGCGGAAACAAGAGGAGCCCGGGGGAAGCAGACAAGGGGGGCGCACGUACCCAAACACCGGCAGAGAAGCGGACGCAGAUGAGGACUGCCAAUGUGUGCAACUGGACGCCCAGAGAGCUCGGGAGUGAGCUGAAGAAAAUCCAGCAAGGAAAGAGGACCGCGGAGGGGUCUGAUGAUGUGGGGCGGAUACGUGAGCGACUAGCCAAAAGGGUACACGCGAGGGAACAGGAGAAAAAGCGGAGGGAGGUGCAGGCCCUCCGUGAAAGUGGGAAGGCAGUCGAGAAUAAAAUAGAGGGUGGGAAAAAAUGAGGGACAAACAGAGGGUGAAGACGCUCCGCGCACUAGCAGAAGAAGAGGCGGCCAGGGUAGAACGCACGACGGAAAGAAAUCAAGAAAGUGGCGGGCAAUGCCAGAGAGCUAGAGGACAUCGAGGCAGGAGAAAUGGCCAAGGAGCUCGAUGAAGUAAUGGCCUGCACGCGUCGGAUGUCCUUGAACGCUCCAAGGGCGUGAAACUUACGGAAAAGAGGACGGGGAGAAAGGCGCCCGCCUCUCCCGCAUAAUAGCAGACAGGAGGCCCAGAUGGCUCCAAGCACCUGAGAAGCAGGCAAAGGACCAGAAGGAAGGGAACAGCCUGAAAGACUGGAAAAGGGGCAAGGAUCAGAAGCAGACUGAAGGAGGGCCCGCGCCCUCGGUAGUCUGGGAAGAACUCGCCCAACGGGUGAAAGCCAUAACCGAGGCAAGCACCCCAAAGGGGAGGGAGAGGCUGGGCGCGGUGAUAGUAAAAGACGGGAAAAGGGAAGAGACCGGGGACGAGCUCGGGAGGCUCCGGCGUGAACGGGUCAAAGAAACAAAGGAAGGGAAGAAAGCGGGCGCCGCUUUCGCGCACAUUUUGAGGGGGUGCCAUGACUGAGGGGAGGACGAAGGCGACCGCGUGGCGGUGCUGGCAAGGAGGUCCGCAGAGGACGGAAAUAACCGGCAAGCCCCCGGGCGAGGAGCAAGAAGAGCAGACGAAGAACGAGGCAGGCAGCACGUUGGGGCAAAAGCUGAAAGAGAUCGCGGACAGGCAUCGCAACCGGCGCAAACAGGGAGAGGACCUGGGGAGUGAGAUAGAAGGACCGGAAAAGGAAGCGAAGGCAGCAGGGUGGAGAGACAGGAUCAGGGACCUCGCUAGAGGAAGCAGGACGGACCAGGUCAGGCAGCUCCACGAAGUGGCGCGGUAGCAACAACAUAAAGGAACAAGCUGAGGAGGAAAGAAGAACACUGAAGGCAGUGGCAUCAGGGUGGCUGACCGUGAUGGGAGAUAAAUAUAAAGGAACGGCCAGGACGGACGACGAAACCGCGGACGCCUUCCGCGAGAGAAUAGAGGAGCUAUGGAGCAUCGCCGAAGAAGAGGAUAAGGACACCGGCGAAAAAUGGAACAAGACCAAGGAAGAAGUGGGGCCGGGAAAGUGGUCGGCCAAAGUAGGCGAUAAGCUUCGGGAUGAGCUAAGAGUAGUGGGCGCCAGUGGACUGCCAUGGCAGGUCUAGAGGGAGGCAACCGAGCAGGCCAAGUUCGCGAAAGCGGCUGGGCUGGGCGGAGUCAUCGGGGGGACCUUCAGACUAGACCUCCCCCCGCGAAUUGGGUGGAGGUUUUGAAGGAGAUAGACGAAGCGAGUGGGGCGGAGGAGCUGCGGACAGGAUGGGUGGCAUGGUUGUACAAAGGGAAGGGAAACAAGGGCGAGAGAAUAAACUACAGGCCAGUCGCCGUCUUGCAGGUCGCGCGCAAGAUAAUGCGCAGCGUGCACAGUCGCCAGCUCGAAGGAAUCACAAGGGACACCAUGGGAAGGGUCCGGCAGUAUGGCUUCCGGGCCCGAAUGGGAUGCAGGAGCUACCUCCUCGACGUCAGGGAGCUUAUAGAGGCAGGCGAGACGUCAGACUUUGCAUGCCCUUGCGCUGUGUGAUCUGAGUAAGCAAGGCCCUCGAUCGGGUGAAAAGGGGCAAGCUCUGGAGGAUCGUGCUGGAGCUAGGUGCCCCAGCAGGAUACGCCGAGAAGGCGAGGAACUUACACAUCAAGAAAACGCGUAUGGUGUCGCAGUGGGGAAAGCGCCGAGCAGAAGAGGCAGCAACCGGCCUCGGAGUGUAUCAGGGGUCGCCAGUAUCCCCCUACCUCUUCAUCAUCUACACGCUUGCGACGAGUGAAGAAAUGAAUCGAGCGAAGACUAGAGGGGGAAGGGUUGAGGAGAUUAGAAGUGGCCAAGCCAGCGAACGCGACCGAGGAACCGCGAAAGGGCUGGCAGAACAGCCGGCGCAAAUGGAAGCCAAGGGUGAAGAAAUGGGGCAACCUGGCCCCGGAAGAGAGACAGCCGCGCAGAGGGGUGGCCCUGGAGCAUCCAAGCGCGUGAGGGGCUGACAGAGACACAGACAGGGCCUUCAGCCUCGCCGUUUACGCUGACGACGCAAGCACAUGGGGACACAGGGCGGGGAAGACAGUCCGGGUGGUGGAGAUCUUCGAGGAAGUAGGGCAGGGCUACAGCAUGAUAGUGAACAAAUCAAAGACGGAGACUCUCACGCGGGAGAAACUCACCCACCAGGAGGGGGAGGCUUUGGGUGAGAGACUACGAAGCAGCGACUUCGAGGCAAAAGGGACAGACCACCUGAUUAAAAGAGACGGGCGUCUAGUUGGGGACAUCGUAAACAUCUACGGCGCCACACGGCUGGAGGUGGCUGACCGGUUGAACAAGGCCAAAAAGGUCGCGAGGAUGAUCAGCCCGCUCCUAAGAGAUGAGGACACUGAUCAACAUGACAGGACGACGCUAGCCGAAGCCUUGGCGGGCACCGUCUUACUCUAUGGGCUUGAUGCGUCCAAACUGUCAGGCCAUGACAUGGAGCAGAUGCAGCAAAUCCAGACCAAGCUGGUCAGGGGGGCCGUGGCGGACCCGACGGAAGAGAAGAGACAGACUCGGAGAGACUUGGGGAAAAAAGAGAGCGGCCCUACCGCUCACGGAUAUGACAGCGGAGGAGAUCCACGCAGCGCGCAGAAUGGUGGAGAAGGAGCAGCGCCUGUCGCAGGAGGAGGCAGACAGGGGAGCCCGCCUCCCCACGGUUCGGAGCAAGUGGGAACGCCUGAGGGUGCUGGCAGUAGUCGACAGAUACAGGGAGGAAAAGUGGGGCAGAAGGCUCGGCCCGGGGAUGACCCUCAAGGCCAGCGAAGGGCUGAACACAAUGCCCGCCAGGAGAGUCAGACUAGGACGAGAAAGGGACAACAAGGAGGCGGAGACAUGGAAGAAAUUCAAGGAGAGAGAGAGACCGGGGAAAUUCCUCCAAAACGAACAGGGGGGGCGGUCCAUAAUAUGGAGGAACUGAGCGAGGUGCCAGAGAUAAUGCGGGACCCUGAUAAGCUGGAAGAGACGCCACGCGUACAGACCUGGGCGGAGCGGUUGGGAAUGGCAGACGUGUGGAACCUCGUGACACGCUGCCCGUAGUCCGUCGAUCCACUGGAAGGAACUAUGGAACGCGGCAGCGAGAGUCUUGCACAAUGCCAGAAGAGGAGAACGAGAAGACAGGGACAGGACGACGCGCAAGCACUGCGGGCAGGAAGGCUCUAAAGGCCCAAGGGGCUUAGUGGCGCGCUGGGUUUGGAGGCCGCCGCAUCGAUGCGGAAGAUGGCCGCGAGAUCUUCGUGAGAAGUUGCCUGGGCUGGUCUUCGUUGCCUCUAUCUUUUCGAGUAUGGAAAAGGCGGCGGCGCGGCCUCGGGUGCUUUGUCUUUGUGCUGUGUUCCUCUGUUGUUGACAGCCCCGGCGCCGGGUGAGUGCGGACCGCCCGCACGUCAUUGGCGUCGGCGCCGCUUGGAAUACAGCCGCGGCACGCCUGUGCAAGCUCCUCGAGGUGUAGAGGACCCGCGCGGAGGACGGGGGAAACGCAGGCGGGGAAGCAAUGGCAAAGCGGGGCGGCGUUGGCCAUCUUUCUGCGUUUGAACGCCUGGGGUGGCUCUUCGUUUUUUUUUCUAUAUGAAAAAAAAUCUUGGCGAAAAGUUUGCGAAAUCUUUCGAAAGAAUCCUUGCGGAAUCUUUCCGAAAAGAUAAGCGCACGAAGCUCCAACAUUGUCAAACUUGUAAACUUUCUGCAAACAUUCCGUGAAGGUUUUGACGCUUUCGCCUUUCGUGUUUUUUUGAUGAAGGCAUGGAAGUGGAUCGCUGAAAACAAACUCGCAACAGCUUGCAGCGGAACUGCAUAAGGCUCCGCGCUUGUUGUCUGUGGUUUUUGUGGUUUCUCUGUUCUUCUCUCCAGGCUUGGGAGGCCUCUGGCGUUGUGCAUCCGUUUGAGAAUUUGGCGUGAGGCUGCGCCGCGGGCUGGUUCGCCGGCUUGUGAUGCUCUCGGCGCAGUGGCUGGCCUGUCCGUGUGUGGGCUGUAUCGGUUUCGUUUUCGGAGCUCUUUUUGGCUUCGUUUUAAUGAGACAAGGACAAGGGCCGCGCGCGUGAGCCUCGGCAGCUUUUCGCCAAGAUUUUCCGCCAAAGGUGACUGGCGGGCGCGGUGGUCUCCAACUGGGUAAGGACGGCAAACAACUAGAAGGAGGGAGAUUGCGCAGGCUGUGGCCUGGCCCCCAGGCUGCAAGUGAAAGAGAGCGAGAAUGGAAGAAGGGCCGCGGGUAAAUGAUGGACGUCGUUGACUUGGGAAGGCUCUCGCAUUUCCAGGAAAUACACCUGGCACAUGUGCAGUGGUUGAGAGUUGGGGCCCGAUUAUUUCAGAGGGGGAAAGCGCACAGGGGUCGGGAGGAAAGAAGAAAAGGGCGCCGAACGCGGGGAAGAAAUAGGAGGGCAAAGUCUUAGAAAAGUGGGGGCGAACAAGAGUCAAGACUUUAAAAAAGUGGGAGGCGGUUGUAUUUGUUUUUCAAAAUCCAGGAGGCCCGGACCAUUCCGCGCGGGAGUUGUGGAAUUAACAAAAAACGGCGCAGAAUUAUGAUAAAAGUACUUACUUUGUAGCAUAAUGCUUAGGGUAAUAGGUGUAGCGGAAACUAAUAAGCUGCAUGCUUAUUCUUUUCAAGUAUGUAGUGCGAACUUUGGAGAGCACAGAGACAAAUCGCGUGGCUUCUUGUUUUUGUGCGAACAGUGAAGGCAAGUCCGCGAAGAAAGAAGUGUGUGUGUUGUACCGAUGCAACCGAUAACAAACUUGAUAAAGGUAGAGCACUAGUCACUUCCAGGCGGGGCGUGCUUCAAGGUCCAGAAUGUAGUUGCAACGUGCGGAAAGACGUUAGACCUUGUCGGGAAAGAGUGGCAAGGUUUUUCAUAUUAGUGCCUUGACUACGUUACUAGGCUAAUGCCACUUAGUGUAACUCUCCACGUUUUUCGUGUUUAUUUUACAACCUUCAACAGAGUGGAAAACACUCAAGCAGAAGCGCCCUCCUUUGUUCAUGCUUUUCGUUCGUUUCCCUCACUUCUCAACAGAAUCGGAACACGCUCAAACAGAUGCCAACAUGCUCCCCCCGAGUAUGUCGGAUCUGGUGCGGCGUGCUCGCUCUGCUGAUCGUGUUUGAGUGGGGGUCUCUCGCUUUUACUUACUUAGCUAAUGCAUGGCUUAGGAGUGGAGAGGCUUCGCGCUUUAUUAUGUAAUGCGUUGCGUACUAGUACUAUGCUCGACAAGUCUUGCUUUUGCGCUUUGUUCUUUUCUUGGGCUUCGGCUGUCCCAAGACUAUCCAACUAGAGCUACCCGGCGGCUCCGCCAGUACGUCACAAGUAAAAAAAUAAACCUUGUAAGAACAGAAGCUCCUUCUAGUCAGAAGGCCCACUCUAGUCGAACUUGACUCAUUAACUGUCUUUAGAUAAUCAGUAGUGUGCUACUGCUACUCUUAGUGUCAGCAUGCAGGUGGUUUCAUCUUUAACGUCUGUAGCUUGUGUCGUGUGGAUGGUUUGGCUUUUUUUAGUAAAGAUAUCAGCUAGGUUCUCACUUGUAGUUCACACAGUCAACAUCCGUGGCGCAGUCUUAUCUUGCUCACUUCCUCAGUGUAAAUCUAGCAAGACCCACCAACCAAACAGAACAAGAAAAAAGAACUUUCAACAGCUUGGGUUUUCCAACCACUCAGCUGCUGGGUUUUUCUUCCUUUCCUCCUGUCUUGUUUGGCUUCAUGCCUAUCAGGGUGGGGGGUUUUAGUUUUAGCAAGAGCACGCACGCAGGGGUUCUUUUUUUUUCCUUUUCAGUGCGUGUCUGGCUUUUUGAUGACUGCAGGGGGUAAAAUGAACGGCAACCAGAGGGGGCCCAUCGAAAAAAUUCUGGAAAAAUAACGAAAAAACUACUUGAAUAAUUUAACCACUGCACACGUGGCAAAAAUAUACUGGGAGGGGGCAGGACUGAGCCCCGAGGAGGUGAAAGAAGUGGCACGCAUAUCGCUGAAAGAUCAAAACUGGCCGCACGUAGGAAACGGCACGCGCAUCCAAGAUAAGCAAGAGGCAGAAGAGCUCCCCAAACUUGUGGAAGACUGGGAGCAGAACACUAUGAGCAGACAGGGGAAACCAUCGACCAAGACAACCGGCGCGAGUGCCCCUGGGGGGUGAAGAAAUGCCAGGGGGCACAGUCGGACACUCGCCGCUGUGGUAUGUGCCAGGCGGUGCACGGUACAGGCCAGGCGUGCCCGAAGUGGCUAGAACAGGCCAAAAGGGUAAGACAGGACGAGAAAAGUUGGGAGGCAUACCACGGGGCCAAGUGAAUGCGCUGGGACCCGAUGACAAAGGUAAAGGCGUGCCCAUACAAAGAGAAGGCGUGUGGCUGGCCGGUGGAGGGGCCGGGAAAAUGGUGCGAAGGGUGUAAAAGAAUAGAAGGAGGAGAAAUCUGAGCCACCCACUGCAGGGAAGUAGAGGAGAAAAAAAAGGGAGGACCCUUCGGGGAAAGAGCAGGAGGAAAAAGCCAAGGCCCAGAGAAAAAGACAGAGGGAAGAGGAGCGGGAGGACAAGGCAAAAAGAGAGGCCCAACGCAAAGCCCAAAAGAGAGAAGAGACAGAGGGGAAGAGAAGGGAAGGGAAGGAAAAAAGAGACCCGCGGGCAAACCGCUGGAGGGACUCGGGGAAGGGAAGAAGCCAAAGAAGCCCCCAGGGGCGGAAAAGGCUGGAGGAGAAAAGCGGCCGGCGGAGGAGCCGCGGAUAGACCUCAGAAAAAGGAGGAAGGGGCUGGAAGAAGCAGCCAGGACCAGGAGACCAGGAGGAGGAGAAGGGCAACGCCCUCAAGAAAAAGGAUGAAAAGGGGGCAGCGGGGGCACCGAGCAACCCCACAGCAGUGAAGAGGAAGCAGCAACGAGAACAAAGAACAAGGCCGAAAGAGAGGAAAGAAGCCAGCACAAAAGUAAAGAAAAAAGAAGAGAAAGGGCGGAGGCCUGGCAAAGGGGCCGCCGGAUGAAAUGAGGCCAAGAAGACCACGAAGGGAACAGAACAGCAAAAAAAAAGGCCGAAACGAAGGGGCCGCUUAAGGGGAGACCCCUGACGAAGGGGGAGCGAGGCAGUGCAGGAGGGUAAGAGCAAGCGAAGCGAGCCCCCCCCCGCCUCUUUGGGGUCGUCCCCCGGAGAGGUGGCGGGCGCGGGUCUGGCUCUGGCCUCUCUCUGCGGGGUCGAGUAGGGGCAACCUCUUAUCUUAAAGAGGGCGACCCGUUUAGGUAAAACGGUUGCUGGGAUGAGAUGGAAUCGCGCCCCAACUGAUCGGUGGGGUUGCGUCAUCGUCAUAAUCUUCACCGUCUUCACCAGUGCAAAAGCAUACAGGUGAGAGGGCUGAGAGGCUGAGGCCCUUCUUCGCCCAAGUUUUUUCCUUCCUCGUUUCUUUUUGGUUUCGGUUUCUUUUUCUGGGCUCAUGUGAGCCGAGCGGCUGUUGAGUGUCUAUGUCUCUAUAAGUGCUUAGAUUCUUCGAUGUUUUGGGUUUUUCGCAUACUUAGUUAGUAGCUUCUCUCUCAGGUGCCGCCUGUCCUCAGGUGGUGGCUUUCCAUCGCCAGCGCCCCGGGCUCUCCGCAUGGUGGUGGUGGAUGUCUCGGUGGGUGCCGUCGGUUGUUGGUCGGUGAUUCUUGCGGGUGUGUCUGUGGUUGGGGUUUUCUGGUGUGUUGUUUUUCGUCUUUGAUCGUGUUAUGUUGGCGGCUUCUUGCUAGGUUUUUGCAGGUUUGGGCCUCACCGGGCCGCGCCUUGGUCGAUGUUCUCUCGAUCCACUCGCCCCAUCGUCGACCCAUUGUCAGAGCACAGAUCUAAAGUGCAGAUCGAAACCCCUUGAACGAUCUCCAUGGCAAACCUCUUGGGAAUAUAGUCGGCGAGCAACUGCGUGUGAUCUUGAUAAGCCUUUCGAGGUGAGUCCGGCAACGUCAUAAACGAAGUGCCUGGGUCCUCGUCUUCUAUACUGUGUCAGAAAGUCAAACUUUUUUCUCAAACAACAAGAAAAGUACAUCUUGGGCUGCUGGCGUAAGGUUGGGCUUUUCUGUGCGUUAAAUCUAGAUGUUUUUUGGACUGAUGAAGGCUUUGUGCUGGAGGCGAUGCGAGCGAUGUCAUGCUGGGAGGACACGGACGCCCCAAAUGGGUGCAAAAGUGCUGACGUGGGCGGAGCCCCACACAGUGGGCCUUGGGUGGUGCGAUAUAUCUAUCGAAACAAAGUGUCGCUAGCUCUCCGCGAAAGCAGUGUCGACACCUUGGCGGCUUUCUUCCGCUUUGGCACCGGCCCCGUCAACGGUCGUGACCAAUUGGAUCUGUUUCUCCCUUCUUGGAAGAGGGCCAGGGGCUGGUUCGGGGGAAGGGACGCUUCUGAGAACUGUCGACUGCUUCCAGACGUAGCAAGUCGCUUUUUUGGGAGCACAGACCAGUCGUGCUCCAGUUCUAAUCUUACACCCGACAAGAUCCGAGCUUUCGCUGCUCUUGGUGCACAACUGAAUAGUGCGAGCGCCAAGAGCGUCCCGGAGCAUUUGCGGAUCUGCCCGGCGGUCGUUGCUGGUUUGCUUGCUGCCGAUCC